AUGGAACUUGAAGACUUCAUGAUCACAGCAGCGGCCGCCCUGUUAGGGUUCAUCUCGCUCUUCAAGAACUUGCUCGUCUUCAUACGAUGGCUUCAUGCCACAUUCCUUAGGAAGCCGAAGAACUUGUGCGAGUAUGGCUCAUGGGCUGUCGUCACUGGCCCCAUCGAUGGCAUCGGGAAAGCCCUAGCCUUCGAGCUCGCGUCCAAAGGCCUCAACCUCGUGCUUCCGAAGAACUUGCGUGACUACGGCUUGUGGACCACCGUCACCGGCCCCACUGACGGUAUCGGGAAUGCCCUGGCCUUCGAGCUGGCCUAUCCGUAUCCGAGGUACUUCCGCGAGGUGGAUCGAGAGUUGAUGGAGAGCAUGCUGAGGGUGAAUUUGAACGCAGUAAUGUGGGUGACGAAGGGAGUGAUCGAUGGAAUGUUGAAGAAGAAGAGAGAAGCGAUCUUGAAUAUAGGAUCUGCUUCAAGUGUGUAUUUGUCUUCGUAUCCUCUUCAGACUUUGUACGCAUCAACCAAAACGUAA